AAUAGGCAGCUGAUUCAUUGCAAAGAACUCAUAUCCCAUGACGCUUUUCGCGUGUGCUUAUGUGGAACCCGGAAACGUCUGUUGGCGCCGGUUGUCAAGCAACUGACAACUAACGGCUCUCUCUGCCAUAUGCCUGCCUGCUGCCAUCUGUUGGAAGAUAUUAUGAAAUAGAUCACUAGUUAUGUACGCCAUGUUUAUACUUUAUACGGAUAAGAUUUAUACGACACUAUAUAUGCUUUGCGUUACUAUAUUGUUGUUCUAUACUUUAUUAUACUACAGCAUACUUCUACAUGUUGAGAAUUUGAAUAUAUUGGAAUUUUUUUUUAUUUGGGAAGCUUCCUGCGGCUGGCGGGUGACCAUGCCUCUCACCCCAAGUCAGCUGGGUUAGGAGGGAGGACAAGUGGCAAAGAAAAAGAAUGGAUAAUGGGCCGCUUUUUUCCUUUUCAAUGGGUUUAUUGGCUUUUUUCCAAAUCCUGUACACUUCUUCACACUUACCUAAACCCUAACCAGCUUUACUAAGAUAUACUUGGUAAGCCACUCAGAAUGUAUCCACUUGCUGUGUCACCAAGUUGCAGCUAUUUGUAGAACAUGACAAUAUCAGAACUCUCACAAAUAUUUAUAUGGAAAAAUGGACAUGGAAUGUGUUUAUAAAUGAAGCAAUUUACUUUUAGAAAAAUAAAUUAGAAUAUAUUAGUAGAUGAUUGCAGAUCCAAGCACGGCAGCAGAAGGCAACGCUGACAUGACCAUGCAUGACUUUAGUUGAGGAGUGGGUACUCUUUUAUACAGUGCACUAAUAAGAUUAGUUGUCUUAAUCCAAGAGAAGACAGGAAUAGUCCAACGCUUCCCCCCUCUGCCUCUGAAUUAAAUGUAAAACCUGAGUAAAGAUUUUUUAUUUUUUUUUACACCGCACGCAUCUGUGCUACUUUUAAAAACGAUCUUCAUUCCUGCACUGGCGCCAUCAUAACAAGGUAGACAUCUUUGACAGACCACAAUAUCCUGGUGAACAGCCCCACCCUAACACAGAGAUAAUCUGAGGCAAAUCAAAUCAAGCAAGGCCAAAGGAUUGACUUUCUACAGAGCUGAAGACGGAGAGACAACAGCAGAGCUCUGCAGGUUGAUGUCACUUAUGUAGGCAGCUACGGUGCAUGUGUGCUUUGAGAUGGCGCUCACCUGAGAGUAACGUACGACAGUGUAUGUCCAGGCUCUGCUAUGACUGUGGAUGACCAAAAGUGGAGGUUCCUAUGGCACUCCAUGAAAAGUCAAGUGGUGGUGCUCUGAUGGAAUUCAUCAGAGCUCCCCGGGCAAAUUACACUAUAAUUGGAGAGGCGAUACGCUACGUCAUACCACCACAAAUGCAAUGUUCUAUUGGUUGUGGAGGUCAAAGCUGCAAGUAUGACAACCCAAAUUACUGGCGUGAGGACCAGCAGGCUAUUAAAGGCCUCUACUCAUCAUGGGUGACAGAUCAUCUCCUUGCUAUGUCCAGACCCUCAACUGAGAUCAUUGAAAAAUAUAACAUUAUUGAGCAAUUCAGAAGGAACGGUAUUAAAACCGUGAUCAACCUACAGAUACCCGGUGAGCAUGCCAGCUGCGGAAACCCUCUCGAACCGGAGAGUGGGUUCUCUUACAAUCCAGAGGCCUUCAUGAAAAAUAACAUUUAUUUCUACAACUUUGGCUGGAGUGACUACGGAGUAGCCAACCUUACUACCGUGCUGGACAUAUUAAAGGUCAUGGCCUUUUCACUACAGGAGGGAAAAGUAUCUGUCCACUGCCAUGCCGGUCUUGGAAGAACAGGUGUCCUUUUGGCAUGUUUCUUGGCCUACACCACCAGGAUGACAGCCAACCAGGCUAUCUUAUAUGUCAGGGCUAAACGCCCUGGUUCCAUCCAGACAAGGUGUCAGCUGAGCUGUGUGCGGGAAUUCGUCCAGUUCCUCUGCCCUUUGAGAUGUGUGUUUUCCCGUGCUGCGCCUCGAUGCGAACCCAUCACGUUGACCGAGUAUCUGAACCGCCAGAGACACAUCCUGCAUGGCCAUGAGCGUAAAGAACUGAAGCACCUACCAAAGAUAGUCCAACUUGUGUCGCGGCUGCUAUUGGACAUUGCAGAGAACCGACAAGUGAUUGAAGAGGACAUUUUGGAGGCACCGGAUAUCCAUGAUAUUGAAAUGACAAUGAGCAUCAUUGAAAAGCUUGGACCUGACUUUUGCGCUAAGGAGCCUCGAUUACCAGGUUCCCCGACCUUACCGAGACAUUUUAAUGAGCCACCCAUCUUCUACCAUCGUAAAAGUCUUAGUUACAGUGAGUCUGAUUUAAAACGUCUGGGCUCACAGCUUAACCUCCUCAGGGAACCGUUGGGCUCACUCUCACAGGGAAACGUAGCCAGGUCCAUUUCCUCUUCAGACAACGCUCUACCUGCAGCCAAUUGCCAGAGCUGGAGUUGUAACGCAUCUGAAAUAUCUUACACCUCCAGCGGAUCACUAUGGCAAGUCAAGAAUGUUGAAAAGGAUGGAUCCAUUCUGUUGAAGAAAAUGAAGAAAAAACCCAUCCAACGCUGUGAGUCCAUGCGAAACAAUGGACUCCUACAACAAGGUAGCAUGCUGUCCAGGCUAAAGGCAGAGCAGAGGGAAGCGUUAAAAGAAAAUGAGAGGAACUCCCUGUGUCAAGAGGAGGAGCAGUCAGAGGUGCCCUUCAUCACCCUGCAGUCCGAGUUGUGUUUGGACGCACGGAGGCUGCUGGUGGCACAGGCCCUGGCGGUAGAUCUUUUCUUGGAUGGGGAGGAAGAGCACAGGAACAAAGUGUUAGCAUGGCAGGCAGAGCUGAAUCAAGGUGGUGCAUGGGAGAGGCUGUGCAUGGAGCGGGAUCCCUUCAUCCUCACAGGUCUGAUGUGGGCAUGGUUAGAGCAGCUUAAGGAGCCAGUCAUCUGCCUCCAGGAUGUUAAAAACCUGAAGCCUGAAAACAGCGAUGCUCAAACUGUCCUGGAUGCACUUGGCCAGGCACCUAAAGAAACAUUAAAGUGCAUACUGGACUGUAUGGCGCAUUUACUGACAGUACCAGAGGAGGUUGAAGAUGCCUUUCUGAAUCGUACCAUCAAAGCUUUUACUUGGGUAAGAAGACAUUCAAAUUGCUCAAUUCCAGUCCCAAACCUUGUCAACAGUAUACACACGAUGGUCACCUUUCAACAGAUGGAAAACAAUGAAGAACAACUGUACGAGUCCAUGACUACCGUCUUAAGAUGUGUCCUUGAGGACAUGAGAUGUGUUGCCACCAAAUCAGAAGAGCCAACAGAGUCUUCUUCCUCUUUAGUGUAAAUACCGCAGAUCACUGUGGAGACACCAAGUGCCUUUUGAUGAAGAUAUUUAUUAUGCAAUUGCUGAUGUUGUGAGAUGAAUACAAAUAUUGAGGUACACCAAAGAAGAACAGUCUUUUUAUGUAAUGUUCUGCCUUAAUAACCAAGGAACCUCAUAAUAAAAGCACGCAUGAU